UAUAUUUAUAAUAUAUUUAGCUAAUUUUAAACAUGAUGGCACUAGUUCUUAGACAUAAUUAUAUAAUUUUUUAUAUAUAAUUUUAAACAGUUUCUUUUUUAUUCAUCGAAUAUUUAGAUUAUGGUGUAUUUGGUACGAAAAAAUCUCUAAAUGUAAUAUCUAUGUGUUUGUUUUGGGUUUGAUAGUUAAUUGUAAUUAUUUAGUAAUAAAUAACUAUACAAAAUAUGUUAAUAAUGAGUAAAAAAAUAAUCAACCGUGUUUCAACUUUACACAAACGUAAAAAAAAAAAAAACUUAGGCGGUCAACUCAGAAAUUAGGUGGGAAUUAGGCGGUCAAGCGGGAAUUAGACGGUCCAACGCGGGUAAUGCAGAUCAACGCUUACGCUAAUUUGGGUAUAUUCGCCGCGGUCAACUUCCGCACCGCGCCUAGGCGGCCGCCUAGCCGCAUUUUCGAGCAGGGAAUGAAACUCAUAAGAGGAUUGAAGGUCUGGAGCUUGUCUCACAGAUAGAGAGAAGAACAUGGGUCAAGUGUUGCCCGAAGAAAUAAAAAACGUCUGGGAGAGAUGGAACAUAAGAGGAAUGUUAAUCUUAAGUCUUUCUCUUCAGACAAUUCUCAUCUUAUUUGCCCCAACUAGGAAACGAGCAUCAUCCAAGUCUCUAACCAUACUCUUAUGGUCAUGCUACCUCCUCGCCGACUGGUCAGCUAACUUCGCCGCCGGUUUAAUCUCCAAGAAUCAAUGGACCGAUCCAAAACCAAACCAAGAACCACGCCAAAACCAAAAACUCAUGGCUCUAUGGUCGCCUUUCCUUCUCUUACACCUAGGCGGACCAGACACCAUCACCGCUUUCUCCUUAGAAGACAACGCUCUCUGGACUCGACACAUGCUCGGUCUCAUUUUCCAAGCCUUUGUCUGCGUCUUCGUGGUCUUUCUCUCUCUCCCCAACCCUCUAUGGCCUUCUAUUCUCUUACUCUUCACCGCCGGUAUCAUAAAGUACUUAGAGAGGACAAUGGCCUUGAGCGUGGCAAGCUCGGGUAAGUUCAGACACUCCGGGAUUCAGACAAAGGGUUUAAAGAGAAGCGAUGUCGAAGAAGGGUUAGAAGAACCGACUCCUACCGAUGUUCUUAGUCUCUUGUUUUGGAUUUUCCGUUCAGAGAGACGUCCUAUGGAGAUUGCCAAGCCAGACAGAGACUUAACCGAUUUAGAGACUGUUCAACAUGCUUUCACACUUUAUCGUCACUUCACAAGUCUCAUAUCUAACUUCGUCUUCAGCUUCAGAGAUCUUAAGGCAAGCCAAGCGUUGUUCAACGUGUUGAAUCCUCAAGAAGCUUUGAUGGUUUUAGGAGCUGAGCUAUGUUUUAUUUAUGAUGCUCUCUACACUAAAUCACCUAUUCUUCAUACUAAGAAAGGGUUUCUGUUUAGAGUCAUUGCAUCUGGAUCUCUUGUUUGGUCUUUCUGUAAGUUCCAUUAUAGAGACAAGAAGAAGAUUCAAGAGUUUCAGCAUACCGAUGUUAUCAUCACAUACAUGUUGUUCUUAGCUGGUCUAACGCUGGAUUUUAUAUCUACUUUAGUGUUCUUGCUCUCUGACUGGAAACUUGCCGUGCUAUGCAAGCCACAGAAAAAGCCUAACUCAAAACCAUCAAGAAUAAGCAUUGUACUCAACUGGAUCCUUGGUUUCAAGAGCCUGCGAUGGGAGAAGAUAAUCGAUCACGGUCAUGAGGUGAUUGCAGGGCCGGUUCUGCUUCGAAGAUGGGCUGGAAAGAUCUAUGCUUUCAAUUUUUUCAACUUUUUCUUGAAAACAGAUGGCAAGAUUAAUGUUCGUGGAAGAAGAGAUUCACCAUACAUGAUGAAACAAUUCGUCAAAUGUAUCCAUGGUGUUCAAUGCUAUAUCGUACGAGUCAUGGCAUCAAACAAAGUGGCUCAUUACAUUCUUUACCCCGUCAAGGCUUUUGUCAAGGUUUUAAGGUUUCUUGUUGCCUACGUAAUCGAUCGUCUUGAUGUCAAGGAGUUUAUAGAUGACAUGAGAGUGGAAGGCUUUGUGUCUAGUGAACCAAUGACGAAAACUCUAUGGAGUUUUGUGUUUGAGCAGGUGAGACACAAAUCGAAGUUUGCGGAUACAGAGGAGAACACAAAGACAAUAUGUUCAGCUAGAGGAGAAUGGACAUUGCGAGAGAAUCGUUGCUCAAGGAGACUGAUUCAUUACGUGGAAAACGUUGAUUACGAUGAGACUCUUCUCUUGUGGCACAUAGCAACAGAGAUAUGUUACCAAGAAGAAGAAGAAGAAGAACCAGAUGAGCACCGUGAAUUCAGCAAAACCUUAUCAGACUACAUGAUGUAUCUUAUGAUCUUGCAACCUCAGUUGAUGUCUGAAGUGGCUGGUCUUGGGAUGCUUAGGUUUAAAGACGCGAUGGUAGAGGCAGAGGAGUUGUUGGAGGAGAGUUUCAAGAAAGCGAAAGAUGUGAAACUAGCUGGUGAAAAGAUUGUAGCAUUAGUUAAUGGUGGUGUUAGUGGAGAGUUGGGUAACGAGAGUAUUUUGGAGGGAGCUAGUUCGAUUGUGAGAGAGCUGAAGCAGAUGCAAGGAUGUCGUAAUAAAUGGAAGAUAUUGAGUAGAGUGUGGGUUGAGUUGAUUUGCUUUGCUUCGUUGCAUUGUGAUGCUACGGCUCGUCUGGAACUGCUUAGCAAAGGUGGUGAGCUCUUUGCUUUUGCUUGGCUCUUAAUGGCUCAUUUUGGCCUUGUUGACUAGGUUACCAUUUUAUUUUAUUUUCCCUCUUGUCAACAAGUUUUGGACAUUUUUGUGUCUUCUUCAUUUAUUUUGUAGACUCAUCUAAAUCAGGUUCCUUUUGGAAUUCAUUAUAUAAUCAAAGAUUAAAAUUACUUAACUCAGUGAUUUGAUUAGA